AUGGUUAAUUGCGCGGCGGCUUGUGGGAAACCUAUGACGACGUCAGGUGUCGCAAAAUGCACCCAAUGCCCCUCGGUGUACCAUAAGGCGUGCGUUAACAUGCAGCGCGUCCCUGUCGGUUGGGCAUGCCCGUCAUGCAAAGCCAGGACCCCCCGACGGGACAACACAGACACCCCAAUAAAGAGCGAUGACUUCGGGGAGGAGGAAUUACCUUCGCCCGCCUCAAUGCAGGACGUCGCAGCGCAAUUACGUAUGCUUCGCGAGGAGUUCGGAGCCGUGCGCGGAGACGUUGCGGGCCUGCGGCGCGAGAUGGCGGAACUGCGCGAUAUGCUGGAGGGCUACUCGAGCCGUAUUGGGGCCGUCGAGGAGAGGGUUAAGUGUCUGGAGGAGCGCAUGGAGGAGCGCCCGGCAGCCACCACUGACAGCGAGCUGGCAGCUACCGUGGCAGCUUUAAAAAUUGAGUUAUGUGACCGCGACCAGGACCUGCUCCUUAAUGACCUGGAAAUCACAGGGAUACCCGAGGUUCAAAACGAGAACUCGACUCACCUUGUAGGCUUGGUUGCUCGCAAACUCGGGGUCGACCUUGAGGAGCGCGACAUAGUGUUUGCUGAGCGUGUGGGGGCUGCUAGGGCGGCAAGAGUCCGCCCGCGCCCGCUCGUCGUUAGGCUGGCCCGCCGAGGGCCUCGCGCGGAGCUGCUGCGAGCGGCGCGCGUCCGCCGUGGAGCCGACACUACAGACUUCGGCUUGCCGGGCAGCCCGUGCAGGUUCUAUGUCAACGAGCGCCUGACGAGAACGAACAGAACACUGUUCUAUCUUGCUCGGCAGGAGUGCAAGCGGUUGGACUGGCGGUACCAGUGGACCAAGGAUGGACGAGUGUACGUUCGUCGGAACAAGGACUCUUCUGCUCGCCGGCUGCGCUCAGAAUCGGACAUUCCAGAGGUUUUUCCCAGUGCUUGUGUUUGCUGA